AUGAGUUUUGCUAAUGUGGCUUUACUUGCCACAUUCAUUUCACUUUCUCAGGAUUUAGUAGUGGAAUCCGGUACAACAAAAAUUGGAGGCAAAUGUCUAAUUUCAAAUGACGUUCCGCUCCUUAGACAAUGCAGCAAUAUUCGAAAAUUACCCUUGUUUAUCCCAAAUCAGAUAGCAAAUAGUUCACUACCUCGCAAAUCAAACAUUUCAAAUGUGUUAAACUUACACAAUUCACCAUUGUGCUCUAAUCCCAAGGAAAUCAUACUGGCUGAGGAAUGUAGAAAUUCAUUACUUGCUGGUAUCAACACAGUUGCCGAUACUGUCAGGGUAACCCUUGGCCCGCAGGGACGUAACAUUAUGUUGGAGAAAGAGUAUGGUUCACCACUCAUAGUAAAUGAUGGCGUUACUAUCGCCAGAAACAUAGAACUGAGCGAUAGGAGGCUAAACGCUGGCGCAAAGCUUAUUCAAGAAAUUGCUAGCACAUCUGAUGAUCGAGCUGGAGAUGGUACCACGUCUACUUCGAUACUGGCGGCUGAGAUUGCUAAAAGGGGAGUGGAAUACGUUAACAAGGGCCACAAUCCUGUUGCACUCCACAAGGGAAUCCAAAAGGCAGCUAAAAUCAUAAUUGAGGAAGUCAAACGCCUCUCAAAUCCCGUAAAAAACCACACAGAUUUAUUAAAUGUAGCCACUGUUGCCACUAGUGGCAAUGUAGUUAUGGGUAAUGUAAUUGCCAAGGCUUUUGACAAACUAGGGGUAAACGCAGCUACUGUACUCGAAGAUGGUCCAGCACUGGAAGAUGAACUUGAAUUUACCGAAGGAUAUACUUUUGACCGUGGUUUUGCCAGUCCAUAUUUCCUUUAUGGCGAAGAGAAAGAAGCUCUUGAGUGGCAAAAUGCCAGCGUGCUAGUGGUAGAUUCUAGAAUUGAAAGUGCCCAAUCAAUAUUACCAAUACUGGAACACUUUGCCAAAAACAAACAACCGCUCAUGAUUAUCGCCGAAGAUUUUGGUCCUGAGGCCUUACAAACCUUCAUUAUUAACAAAAUGCGAGGGAUGCUAAAAAUUGUUGCAAUUAAAGCACCUAGUUUUGGAGAACGCCGCAAGGAUUAUUUACGCGACAUUUCCAUUGCAACAAAUGCUACUUUUGUAUCCAAAGACGUUGGCAUAUCAUUAGAAGACAUAACACCCACAAUGCUAGGUAGUACUACUAGUAUUGUUGUCAAAAAAGAGAGGACUUCAAUUUUGACCAAGCCACAGUACCUUGAUGCCAUUAAACAGAGGGUUGACCAGCUCAAGCGUGAGUAUGAAGACUCCACUUCAAAAUAUGAUAAGGAGAAAUUGAAUGAACGCAUCGCAGCACUUUCAGGAGGAAUAGCUCGAAUUAGAGUUGGCGCAUCUACCGAGACAGAACUUAGUGAAAAGAGACUUCGUUACGAAGAUGCAAUUAAUGCCGUACGAGCGGCUAUGGAAACUGGUUAUGUCCCUGGAGGAGGAGUUACAUAUUUAUACAUGACCAAACCGGAAUUUGUGGAUAAAGUAAUGAAGCAUAUUGAGGAGAGUGUCAAAGCUGAAAUGGCUUCAUCUGAAGAUUCAGACCUCCACAAACCAGAAGAAAUUGAGGGAGAGAUUGAACUUGAGAAGGCGGGAGCCAAAAUUGUAAUUGAUGCCAUGAGCGCCAUAACUAGACAAAUCGCUAACAAUGCAGGGGCGGACGGAGAUAAGGUGGUGCAAAGAAUUUUAAGCUCAGGAAAGGAAUUUGGCUUUGGUUGGAAUGCAAAGACCAAUAUCUAUGGAGACAUGAUAAAACAAGGUGUUAUUGAUCCAACCAAGGUAAUAACUAGUGCCAUUGACCACUCCACUUCAGUGGCUGGAUUGCUACUUACGACUGAAGGGAUUAUGGUACAGAAGGACCAGCCGAAAAAGGCUAAGGAAAAUGUAAACGAGUUUGAUGAGUAG